UUCCCCAAUCCCCUUCAAUAUCAAUGGAAACACACUGCCAAAACCCUCCACUAUCUCUCAUUACCGAUCUAAAGGUAAGACGACAACGCUCCUCUAGGAUCAUCCCACCAGAGAAAACCGAGAGACGGUCCCUUUUCCUUUCAAACAUGGAUCAAGUUCUCAACUUCAAUGUUGAAACUGUCCAUUUUUUUCCGGCAAAUCCUGAUUUCCCACCGGAAACUGUGGUCGACAUACUCGAAGCUGCAUUUCAGAAGAUACUCAUGCCAUAUGAUUUCUUGGCUGGAAGGCUGAGGUUUAAUCCCCAACAACGACGCUUAGAGAUCGAUUGCAACUCCGCUGGGAUAGGUUUUUGGGUGGCUUCCAGUGAAUUAUCACUGGACGAGAUCGGAGACCUGGUCUACCCUAACCCAGCGUUUCGACAACUUAUCAUGGAUAAAGUGGACAACUUGGAUGCAGAUGACAGCCCCCUCUGUGUCGUCCAGGUUACAACAUUUAAAUGCGGUGGAUUUGCGUUGGGUUUAUGUACAAACCACGUAACAUUCGACGGUAUUAGCGUCAAAUUGUUCUUGGAAAAUCUGGCCUCUCUUACUGAUAACAAGCCACUUGUGCUGACGCCCUGCAAUGAUCGUCAACUGCUAGCAGCUAGAUCCCCACCACGCGUCACAUGUUCUCACCCAGAACUAGUGAAGCUUGAAAUCCCCCAAGGCAAUGUUGAUGAGUUUGAUCAGUCCCAUACUCCAGUAUUUGCACCUGCACCGGAGGAUCUCGACUUCAAGAUUUUCCGGUUAACCGAGUCUGACAUUUACAACUUAAAACAAAAGGCAGCAAAGCUUGGAGUUGGGGAAAGCCGUAUCAGUAGUAGCUUCAAUGUCGUCACGGCUCAUGUGUGGCGGUGUAAAGCUCUGGCAGCAGCUGCUGACAUAACACAGAAUGAUAUUUCAGAGAAGAUGUCAACAGUCCUGUAUGCAGUUGAUGUUCGAUCAAAGCUAACUCCACCUCUUCCUCCAUCAUACACCGGCAAUGCCGUGCUUACGGCUUAUGCGAUGGCCUCCUGUCAUGAGCUUGAGAAUGCUCCCUUCUCCAGCUUGGUGGAGAAGGUCUUCGAGGGUGCCACCAGAAUGACAGAUGAGUACAUCAGGUCUGCCAUUGAUUGGGGCGAGUUGUAUCAAGGGUACCCACUCUGCGACCUCCUGAUAUCUUCAUGGUGGAAGUUAGGAUUUUCGGAAGUGAAAUAUCCUUGGGGAAGGCCUAAAUAUUGCUGCCCUAUAAUCCAUCACAAGAAAGAUGUUAUUCUAUUCUUCCCUGACAUUGAGCGAGGCCAAAAUGCGUUGAAUAUAUUUGUGGCUCUACCGCACAAAGAAAUGGACAAAUUCCAAGCCCUCUUCAAUAAGUUUCUAGCCUAGCCUAGAAUCUAGUGUGUAUUUCAAUUGAUCCCUUGAAAGCUGAAACUGUUCGUGGUUGGCAACAACAGUAUGUCAGUCAAUUGAUUACCGAUUUAAUAAAACAUAUAGAAGGUGUUUUAAAUGUAACUAAGUCAAAUUGCAUCGGUUUGUGUAUUCUAGUGUGUAUUAAUUCAUGCAUCCAUUAAUUGGGCAUGAGCGAAUCGUGGAAUCGGGUGGUUAAUUGUU